AUGAAUUUGGAGGUGACGGAACUAUUGAUUGAAGGAGCUUUUAUCUACAAGCAAAUCGCUCUUCCGCUUGUUGUUGCCAUCUAUUCCGUCACGACCUAUCUUGUCCUUACUGAAACCCCUUCCGGUGCAAGGAGUUUUGUCCCGUAUUAUAUGUUUUUGCACGUAGUGAAGCGGCAUUUAUACGAAUCGUUGGUGGAGACUAACGUGCUACAAGCGUUUGCAAUAUGGCUUCGUGAGACGCUGGCCCACAUCUACACACGCGGUGCCAUCCCCCCGUCUCGCGAAGUUCUUCAAAAAUCGUCGGCUCGUCGCGAAUCAGUCACAAGCGACUUGUCCUCCAGCUACAUGGCGAUGCUCGAGAUGAAGCACAAGCGUCGGGUCGGCCGU